CGUACUGAUGAUUUUUACCGAGAACGUUACAGUGAUGAAAUACGUGAAGUUCUGGAAAGGGAAUUUAGUCAAAAAAAGUAUAUUGAUGUCAGAGAUAAGGACCGAAUUGCAUUCGAAACCGGUCUGAGUAAUCGCCAGAUUAAUUUUUGGUUUCAGAACCAAAGGGCCAAAAUCAAGAAA